AGAUUAUGGGCCAGAUACAUUAACUGGUAAAAUCGCUGGAAUAGACUCACGAGAAGUAUUUUACAGAUGCCACGCAGCUUUCCAAUCACUAAUGGGAGGCACUGACUGUAAGUGGAGCCAGUCAAUGUUAAUUUUAGCAUCGAACAAGUCCUAUAGCUAUCGUACGCACUUAUUCGCAUAAGUUGUCCGGUAAGGUGCGUGUUCAUUUCACAGGCCAGUAAACCUAAGGGCUGUGUAGCUAGUGCUAGCCACGUGCUCCUCGAGUUUAUCUAUGCUUAGCAUCUUCCCUUGUUUCCUAAUCACCACCUUUAUGGCAACGCAAACCUACUUAGCAUCGAAGACGUCUCUAGAGGCAUUGGUCAACCGCGGGCUGGAACUCCGGGGCAAGGGGCGAGUAACUGCAGCUCGGACGAUGCUGCUAUGGCCUACGGAGCAGGCACCAUCGCAAUUUUCUCGGGCCGCUCAUCAGCUGAAUGUGGACCCGCGGUACAAACCUCAUAUGCUAUGAGUGACUCGGCCCAUCGUCACGGUCGUGGCGUCGAUGCCUUGCCGGCGAACUUUAACUCAUGCAGCGGCUUUCAACCGUGAGCAUCGCGUUUGGUGCGCCAAUUGUUCUUCCACACCACCCACGUUGAGUGCAUGCACAUGGGGUAGUAGAAUCAAGGAUUAUAGAAUAGUGAACUUUGUGCUUUCCCGCCAAU